GUCAGGCAGGGUGUUAGGUGCUGGGGCUAUAAAGACGGAUGAGACACAGUCCCUGUCCUUAAGGGCAUUUCAGCCCCAGGGAAGAGCCUGUGGGAGGCAGAGGGCAAGAGGAGGGGCUGUGUUUGGGGAACAUCCAGCCCUUCAGUAGAGUUGGGCUCACAAGGAUGAAGUCAACACUUAAAAGAGGAAGCAGGAUCGAGACUGUAUAUAAAGCGCUGGCGGCCUGCCUGCCUCUAAGGACAAGAGCUAAGUGAAGACAGGACCCGUGGAGUCGGAUCAGCGGUAUGUCUGUGCUGUGGCUGCUUCUGGGCCUCCUAGCCCUCACCGACUCAUCUGAAAGUGGCAACUGGGGAUGCUACGGAAACAUCCGAACCCUCGACACCCCCGGGGCAUCUUGUGGGAUUGGAAGACGCCGAGGCCUGAACUACUGUGGAGUCCGUGCCUCUGAGAGGCUGGCUGAGAUCGACAUGCCGUACCUCCUGAGAUACCAACCCAUGAUGCGCACCGUUGGCCAAAAGUACUGCGUGGAUCCUGCCGUGAUCGCGGGUGUCGUGUCCAGGCAGUAUCCUGGUGGGAACCUUCUGGUCCACGCGGGCAAUGUGGACGAUGGAGUCAGGGUGGUACAGGACACUGGCCACUAUGUCCCCACAACCUGGAUCAGCGAGUCCCAGCUGUCCCAGAUGACUGAGGUCCUGACUGUUAGAAUCAAAGAAAUCCAGAGGAGGUUCCCGACCUGGAGCCCCGACCAGUACCUGAGAGGUGGGCUCUGUGCCUACGUCGGAGGGCCCAGCUAUGUCAGAAGCAGCCAGGACCUGGGCUGUGACUUCUGCAAUGAUGUCCUUGCACGGGCCAAAUACUUCAAGAGACACGGCUUCUAACACUUCAGAUCAACCCCAAGGUCAUUCUCAUGCAUGAGGCCUCAUCUGUUCCACAGAUAAAAUGAGGCAAUGUGCUUAUAACUGAGAAUCUGAGUUUGACCUGAAGGUUGUCAAAAUAACAUGACAUAGAUUAAAGGAAGAGCGAUUCUCUACA